AUGGAGUCAUAUGUCAACAAAUUAUGGGGUAACAUCUUUAUACCAAAUGUCUCACUAAUUAAGCAAGGAUUAUUCCUAUUUGACUUUCAAUCAGAAAAAUCUAUGAGAGAAGUUCUUGAAGCUGGCCCUUGGUUAAACUUAUGGAGCUCAAUAGGAAUCAGUAAAGUUGCUAGCCUAAUUGGUAAACCUAUUGCAACUGACAAACUCACGGCAAAUAGAGAGAGAUUGAGCUAUGCAAGAGUUUUAUUAGAGGUCAAAUUGCUAUUGAAAGAUCCAUUGCCUGAUCAGUUAAACAUUCAAGGGCCUGAUGGAAUAAGCUAUACACAAUCAGUCAUCUAUGAAUAUAAACCAAAGUGGUGUUCUUUGUGUAGUAAGAUUGGUCAUGAUACAGAGCAAUGUAGAAGAAUUAAAACUAAAAAGAUGUGGGUUCCGGUUAUUAGACAGGCUGAAAAUCAUGCACAGAUGAAUGUUGCUCCUGAGCUUAGUAAGGAACCGGCUAUUAUUCCUGGGCUAGAUAGGGAAUCAUUUGUUCAGCAAACUUCCGAAGCUAAUAUCAAUACCGAGCAGGUUGUAGGAAAAAGCAAGGAAACACUGCCUGCUGGAAAACAUGCACAGACAGAAAAACAUGCACAUGCUGAAUGUAGAUUUGGAGGGAAAGGGAUUUCAAUAUAUCCAGCAAAUGAUUCACUUCUCUUCUCAACUCCGAUUGUAAAUACUUCUGGAUUUUCUAGUGUCAACAGAGCUAAUCUAACAAGGAGAUCUACUAUAGGCAUUCUUGAAUUUUCAGUAAUAAUCUCAACUGAUCAAUAUAUUACCUGCACCAUUGGUUCCAGAGAUGGGAAAUUCUCCAGCUUGUGUACUAUUGUUUAUGCUCAGAAUCAAAUGGCCAAUAGGAAGACCCUUUGGAGAGAUCUUCUGGCUUUUAAAAAUAGUGUCAAUGGUCCCUGGAUCAUUGGAGGGGAUUUUAAUGUAAUUACAAGCUAUGAUGAAAAGAUUGGAGCAAUUGAAGAUGAUGUUAUAGAUGGUAAACGACCAUUUAAAUUUUGCAACAUGUGGGUAAAUCAUCCUGAGUUCAUCCCUACAGUCAAAAAAGUCUGGGAGCAAAACAUUAAAGGUUACAAAAUUGAACAAGUACUUAGAGCAAAAGAUGGAUUAGCUGAUGUCCAAAGGCUGUUAAAUGGUGAUCCCUUCAACUCAGAUUUGAUUAAAAGAGAAAAGGAGUGUAUCAAAAAAUACGACAGAUUGCUGGAAUGUGAAUCCUCCUUCUAUAAGCAAAAGGCUAAUAACAGUUGGAGUCUAGAAGGAGAUAAGGGUUCUAAAUUCUUCCACUCUAUCAUGAAAAAGAAAAGGCAUCAUAAUAGAAUUCUGACACUCUAUACUGAAAGAGGAGAUAGAAUCACUGAUAGUGAGAUUAUUAUUUCUGAAAUUGUUGGAUACUACAAAAAAUUGAUGGGAAUCUUAGUCCCUACAACUAAUCCUGAUCCGAUGGUGAUUGCUAAUGGCCCUCUCCUCUCUCAUGAUCAGAGACAAGCUCUAAGUUCCCCAGUUUCUAGAGAUGAGAUAAAAAAAGCUAUCUUCUCUAUGUCAAAAGAUAAAAAUCCUGGCCCAGAUGGUUAUAGUGCUCUGUUCUUUAAAGCCUCUUGGAGUAUUAUCAGUGAGGAGCUCUUCUCAGCAGUUGAAGAAUUUUUUAACUCAGGGAAAUUACUUGGUACAUUCAAUACCACCUCCAUCACCUUAAUUCCAAAGAUUCUCAAUCCACAAUAUGCAUCAGACUUCAGACCUAUAUCUUGUUGCAAUUGUGUGUACAAAAUCAUAACUAAAAUUAUUGCAACUAGAAUUCAAGGAGUGAUGGGAUAUCUGAUAAGUGAUGCACAAAGUGCAUUCAUAAAAGGCAGGCUUAUAUCAAGUAAUAUCCUCUUAGCACAUGAGAUUGUUAAACACUAUGGCAGAAAACAUUCUUCCCCUCGAGCUAUUUUGAACAUUGAUUUGAGGAAGGAAUUUGACACAAUCUCUUGGGAAUUCAUCAGAGAAAUGCUGAUAGGAUUGAAAUUUUCUGAAAAUAUGAUUUCCUGGAUCAUGGAAUGCAUUUCAACACCUAAGUUUUCCAUCUCAAUUAAUGGUAUUCUUCAUGGUUAUUUUCAUGGGGCUAGAGGACUGAGACAAGGGGACCCCUUAUCUCCAUAUUUGUUUGUAAUUGGAAUAGAAUACUUGUCUCGGAAACUCAGCAUGCUCAAGGAAGACGGAUUUUAUAAAUUCCAUCCCAAGUGUUCGGGGUUGAACAUAACUCAUUUAGUAUUUACAGAUGAUCUCCUCAUGUUAGGCAAAGCUGAUAUGGGUACAAUUUCAAGAUUAAAGAAUUUCCUAACGGAAUUUAGUCAGAAUUAUGCUAUGACAGCUAAGCUCCUUUGGAUGAUACAUCUUAAGAAAGAUAUUCUCUGGAUUAAAUGGAUUCAUGGUCACUAUCUGAGACAUAGUAACAUCUGGCAAGUCCAAUCUAAGAAGUGUGAUUCAUGGCUGUGGAGGCAAUUGCUACGAGUGAGAAAUUUGCUGAUUGAAAAGCUUGGAAGUGUGAACAACUUGCAAAAUGUCAUCAGUGGCAGUUGUGUUAAUGGCAAGCUCAGUGUAUCAGUGAUGUGCAGAAAACUAUUUCAACAAUCUGGCUUGAUAAUAUGGUCAGGAACUGGAAGGCCAGACGGAAACAUGUCAUCAUAUGUUUUUUGA